AUGUCGGCCCCUCACCGCUCCGUGGCCAACAUCCGCGGAGGCCAGGGCCCUGGCGGCAGCGGCAGCGGCAUCACGCCUUCGAGCCCGCACACGCCGGCGCGCGCCGCGCCUUCGGCCUUUGGCUCACCCUCCACGCUGCGCGCCGAAGAAGACCUCCUCGUGAUCGAGAUCGGGUCUCGUUUCGGCGUGGGUGGAGGGUGCCGAGGACGAUUGGACGAAGCGAGAGAGGGGUCGCGCUGGGGCGAGGACUACGAGCUGUGGAGACACCUAUUAAUUGACUCGAAACCGAGACGGACGGCCCUCGUUCUGCCCGCGUCCCUUCCCCUUCCUCUCCUUUCUACAACCCUCGACCUAAUGUUCAACACUUUCCAAUCGCCGACCAUAUCCCUCCUCUCGAGCGCUACAAUGACUGCCAUUGCAGCGGGCGUGCGCUCCGCCCUCGUAGUGGACCUUGGAUGGGCGGAGACGGUUGUGACGACCAUAUACGAAUACCGCGAGGUGAGCUGCACACGAAGCGUGCGGGGAGGAAAACACUUGGUGUCUUCGCUACACAGGAUCAUAAGGGAUGCCCUACGGGAACAAGGGACGACCGUCGCAGAGACGGAUGAAGACGAGGUGGAGGAGCGUCACAUACUCAGUUUUGGCGAGUGCGAGGAUAUAUGUACAAGGGUGGUCUGGUGCAAGCCCUCCAAUGGGACCGCCCAGGCGCGACGAGGCCAAAGGGAUGGGAACGGGGCGGGCGAGGAAGACGGAGAAGGGCUAGCUACGGUCCAGGAGCAAGACGAGCUCGAGCACGAGGUGCCUUCCGCCGCGCGGGAGGCCAAAACGAUCACCAUCCCUCUACAAACUACGAGGCCGCCGACGAGACUGAAAGUGCGGUUCUCGCGGCUCGCGGACGCCUGUGAAAGUACCUACUUUGAAGAAAGGCCGGGCGCGCCGUACACAUUCGACGACGAGGAACUCCCGGUUCACUGGCUCGUGUACCAACACCUGCUCCACCUACCCUUAGACGUCCGGGCGAUUUGCAUGUCGCGCAUCAUCUUUACAGGAGGCUGCUCCAAGAUUCUCGGCCUCAAGGGGCGAGCAUUCGACGAGGUCGCGGAGCUAGCGCGAACGAGAGAUUGGGAUCCCGUCACGGGCCGGGGCGCGGACGCCCGGGGGCGGCGGCAGCCGGGACUGAGCGGCUCGCCGGCGCAGGACGAGGACGAGGACGGGGUGUGGCACGACGCGGCCAACGCGGGGCCCGAGACCAACGCGAUCGACGAGAAGCUGGACAGGCGCAAGACGACGCGCGUGGUCCAGGGCGAGCUUAGGGCGCUCGAGUCCCUGGGUCCCUGGGCGGGGGCAGCCUGGCGUGUCAGCUCAAGGUGCCGGCGACCGGCGGAUGUGGAUGUCAAGACGCAGCAGAGGCAGAGCCUAGGGGCUGGGGGUCUGAUGCGUGGCGCGGCGGGGGCCAGGAUCGGACGUGGACUCUGGGGUAUCCCCAACAAUGACGGCGGCCCGACCUACGCGCCGCCGCCUCUCCCUGCUGGCUGGAUAGCUCAGUGGGAUGGUGCGAGCAGGAAAUACUACUUUGUCCAGCUCUCGACCGGCGACUCGCAGUGGGAGACUCCCACCGAGGCCGCUCCCACCGGUGUCACCCCGGGCCCCAACGUCGACCACCCUUAUGGCACCCCGCCCCUCGCCGAGAUCAUCACUCACCCGGACGGUAGCCAGACGAGGAAGCACCCUGACGGAACCAUGGAGCCCGUCUUGCCCACUGACGGAUCGAGGGGCAUGGGUGACGGAACUGGUGAUCGUGGCUUCGGUUCCAUGGCCUUUAACCUCCUCGCCGGAGGCAACAAGAAGCAGAGCCAACAAUCGAGUAGCCCCCUCGGCCUCGCCGGUCAGCUCAUCGGCAGCGUAGCCGGAGGCGGUGGUCACGGCGGCAGCAGCAGCGGUGGCAAGAAUUCAGGUGCCGGCAAGCUCGUCGGCGCCCUCGCCUCCAACCUCUUCUCGUCGGGCGGGAGCGGAAGCAAGCCGCCGCAAAACUACCACGGGGAUACCUCUUCCAGCUCUCACUCCAACAACGCUCACGGUGCCGCUGCCGGUGGCCUCAUGGGUGGUGUCGCAUCUUUCUUGGGCGGCGGGAAACACAAUCAGUCGGGCCAAAACUUUGGAUACUCGGGCGCGGGCACCGGCGGCACCUAUUCUGGCCAAGAGCCGCCUUCCUCGUACCAGGCGCCGACGGGCGGAUCCGCUGCUCCCCUUCGAGCUCGCAUUCGCAGUCUCAGUCGUAUAAGCCUCCCAAGACCCAGCAGUCUCAUGAUUACUAUCCUCCUCCUCCCAGCCAGGAUCAUAAUAAGCCCGGCCAUGGAUCCGGGCAAGGACAAGGACAGGGUCAUGGCCAAGGCCAAGGCCAAGGGUAUGGCGGUUCGAACCACGGCCAGAGUCACGGACAGAGUCAUGGCCAGAGCCAGGGCCCGAGCCACGGUUCGGGAUACGGAUCUUCCGGGCCCAACUCUGGACACGGCCCUGGACAGUCUAGCUACGGACAACAACAGCAUCAGCAGCAACAAGGCUCCAACAACUAUGGCUCUGCUCCCGGCCAGCCCAGCUACGGCGGUCCCCAGGGCCAAGGGCAAGGAGGGUACGGUGGUUCUCAGGGCCAUGGCCAAGGUGGUUAUGGCGGCCCUCCAAGCCAAGGUCAAGGUGGCUACGGCGGUCCUCAAGGCCAAAGCCAGGGCGGCUAUGGUGGGCCUCAGGGCCAGAGCCAAGCCCUCGUACGGAGCUCCUCCUAGCCAGUCUUCGUACGGGUCCUCUAAUCAGCCUUCUUAUGGCCAACCUCCCACUCACUACGGCGGCAGCGGCGCCGGAAGUCAUACCGGCCAGUCUUACCAGCCGCCGUCUCAGUAUGGCAGUGGUAACUCGAAUAGCCAGCAGUUUGGCAACAACCCGCAGUUCUAA